AUGGUCAACCUGCGGAUAAGUGAAGCGGGAAAGCCAAAGCGCCAUGGGCUGAAGAACGUGUACGGAGUAGCUAACUUGAACCUUCCGAUGCAGAGCCUGAGUCGGAUCUAUGGAUGGCUAUGGAUGGAUGACCAUUUGCAGCAGCCACCGCACUUGGAUGGGUGGUAUAAAGAAUUUUUCGAGCAGCCAGUCGCAGCUGGCGGAGUGUUGCUGGCACCGUCAGUCACAGAUGGCGGCUACGCACGGGCCUUGAGUAUCCUGGAGGAGACGACUAAGCGAGUAGGACGACGUUACGAGACCGGGCUGCUAUGGAGAGACGACGAGGUGAGACUGACGGAGAUCUGCAAUGUGGCGCUCAACAGACUCGUCAACAUUGAGGAAAUGAGGCGCGAUGUGGACUUUGCGCGGGCCUAUAAGGGCAUAAUGGACGAUCACGUCAAGAAGGGGUACGCACGACGACUGGAGCCCCAGGAAGCCCAGAGGUUCCAGGAAGGCAAGUUAUGGUACCUGCCGCACUUCGGGGUUGAAAACACAAACAAACAUGGAAAGGUCCGACUGGUCUUCGACGCGGCUGCCAAGGUGAACGGCGUUUCCCUCAAUUCAGCGCUAAUGAAAGGCCCACAGCGAUACAAGCCCCUCCCAGCAGUACUCUUCCAUUUUCGGGAAGGAGUAGUUGGGGUUUGUGCAGACAUCAAGGAGAUGUUUCAUCAGGUACUGAUGCAGCCACAAGACAGAUGUGCCCAGAGGUUCCUGUGGAGAAUCGGAGAGGACCAACGGGAGCAGGACACCUUGAAUGCCUCGCAAUACAGCAGCACGGAUCCACGAGCAGCCCUAGCUAUUAAGGAGUACGUGGACGACUACGUCGAGAGCCAUUUCGAUACGGCUGAGGAGAAGGUUCUGGGAAUGUACUGGCAACCGGCUAAAGAUGACUUCAAGAUCGGCGUCAAAUAUUAUCGAGUCCCGAGAAGCGUGAUGACAGGGGAACACGGGCCUACCAAGAGGGAGUUCCUAAGCCUGGUCAUGUCCACGUUUGACCCGAUUGGAUUCCUGAGCUGCUACAUGGUGACUGCCAAAUUGUUAAUGAGAGAGAUUUGGCAAAGAGGAGUUAACUGGGACAAGCCGCUACCCGAUAAUUUGGACGCAUCCUUUGAAGACUGGCGGCAAGGAAUGAGCAAAAUCGAAGAGUUCCGAUGUCCACGCUAUUACUUCGGCGGUGGGCGCGUGAGAAUGCUACAGCUGCAUAUCUUCGUGGACUACAGUCAGUCGGCGUUCGCAGCAGCGACCUAUUGGUGGGCCACUUACGAGAACGGAGACGUGCGGGCGCAUUUCAUAAGCUCCAAGACGAAAUGCGCUCCGAUGAGGACUAUGUCGAUCCCGCGACUGGAACUACAAGCAGCAGUAUUGGGCACAAGACUGAUGGACACCGUCAAGCAGGAGCACGGUGUGGCGUUCAGCAACUGCGUAUUAUGGACGGACUCAAAAACUGUGUUGCACUGGAUAAGCAGCACCCACCGGAGAUACAAACAGUUCGUCGGUAACCGGGUGGCAGAGAUUCUGGAAUCCACGGAGGCGUCCCAGUGGAGAUGGAUCCCGUCUGCCGAAAACGUGGCAGAUGACGCGACGAGGCCGCUCAAGGCCGUGGACCUGAGCAUCGAUUCGCGGUGGCUAAGUGGUCCACCAUUUCUUCAAGGACCAGAGGAGAGCUGGCCCAGAUCGAGCGAAGGAUGGAUCCCUCCGACGAUGGACGAAGAGGAAAUGAAAUCGCACGUCGGCGCCGAUCAUACUGUCUCACAAGGAAGCGUUGGCGGAGAUGAUCGUGCAGCAUCACCACAAAAGGAUGUGCCACCAAAACACGGAGGCAACCAUCGGAGCGAUCCGGCAGAAGUUCUGGAUCCCGAACUUACGGAGGCUGCUACGGAAGGUGGUGAGCAAGUGAAACGUUUGCAAAUUGCGAAGAGCACAAACCAACUCAGCCCGAGAUGGGACCUCUGCCAGUUGGUAUUUGGUAUUGUUGACGGUUGGACGUCGCACGGAGAAGAGAUGGCUGACGAUUUGUCCACCGAUUCCUACAUAAUCGCCAUAAGGAACUUCAUGAGCCGACGUGAACCCGUCGUCAGGGUUAGGAGCGACAAUGGAAAGAACUUCGUUGGAGCCGACCGCGAGGCCAAGAGGUUCAGCGAAGUGUUCGAGCCUGUACGGAUCCAGGGCGAGCUGUCGACUAAAGGAGUCGAAUAG